AGAACGCUAAGGAGCUAUAUCUAUUUCAACUCUUUCAGAUUUGCAUCACUCCUUUUCGUCUGGACGCAGAUGAGUUUCCCGGAAUCAAUCAGCCAUUCAAAAUCGUUUCACCAUGGGAGAAAAAAACAUUGUCGUGAUUGGGGCUUCCUACGCCGGUUUGUUACAGUCCCAUUCCAUUCUCAGGCAUAUAGUUCCCAAGCUGUCCAAUAAAUACCGCGUUAUACUGAUCAAUUCCUCGCCGGACUUCUACUUCGUGAUUGGCGCCCCUAGGGCAAUAGUCGACGAGAAAUCCGCUCCUGACAGCAGGAUGUUUCUGCCUAUAACGGACGGUUUCAAAGAGUAUCCAAAGGAGUCGUUCCAAUUUAUCCACGGCUCUGUCUUUGAUGUCGAUCCCGUUGGCCGAAUCGUUCGCUAUGCUGGCCAAGGAGAUUCUAAACAGCAGAUCACGUAUCACGCACUUGUAUUCGCUUCGGGAAGCAAAGCACCUUGCCCGCUUUUAACGGCUCAGCCAUCCACAGAGAACACGCGUGCAGCAUUGUAUUCCUUUCGAAGCUUUUUGCCCAAUGCUCGAUCAAUUGUUAUUGGAGGAGGCGGGCCUUGCGGAGUCGAAUGCGCUGGAGAACUGGCGGAAUUUUUCAGCGGCUCUCUCCAACCAUCAUCGUCUUCCACGUCAAAUGCAAAAAUCAAAAUCACCGUCGUGACGAACAGCAACAAACUUCUGCCGGCUCUGAGCGAAGAGGCGGCGACCAGAGCGGAGUACUACCUUCGACGGCUGGGAGUGGACGUCUUGUACGGAAAGACAGUUCGCGAGACGACUCCACCGGACGCAGGUCAAACACUGGGAGCUUUGUUCGCAAAGGAAGGCGAGCCCAAGAUCAAAGUGCACCUCAGCGAUGGUCAGGUGCUGGAAGCUGACAUUUACAUACCUGCUUUCCAGGGCAAGCCAACCACUGCGUAUGUCCCACCGGCGCUACUGACCGCAUCGAAACACCUGAACACCAACCCGGAGACCCUUCGAGUCGACGACGCCGGACCUCGCGUCUACGCGGUUGGCGAAUGCUCCUCCGCGUUCAAAGGUGGAAUCCUGACCAUGGUUCACAUGACGCAGGUCGUGACCACGAAUCUUCGACGUGAUCUUCGUGCUGCCGAGCAAGGGACGGAGAAGCCCACUGCCGGCGUAGAUCGUCCCUUUAAGCCCGAUCUGCGUCCGACGCAGAUUGUGCCCAUUGGAAGUCGUCAUGGCGUGGGGCAGUUCUUUGGAUGGUGGUUACCAAGCUUCGUUAUUUGGCUGAUCAAGAGUAGGGACUUUUUCAUUGGCUCUGCGAAGGGUAACUUCUUGCUUGGUGGCUACGUCAAAAAGGAAAGCGUGUGGAGAAAGGAGCAAUAGUCAAACUGCUUUUCAUUUCAUCAGUGUGCUACCUUUAACUUGAGUGAUACACAUUAGAUCUUGAGCUAACCUUAUAGCGGCAUGAGCCCUUCAAACAGAAUAUUCAAGCAGUUUUGGCAAUGACGGAUAUGCUGUGCGGUACAAGCCUCGUGUUAUAGUGUCAAAG